GGUAUAAGUAAUUAAGCUUCGGCUGAUGUGUUUGGUGAAAAAGCAAUAUAAUUGAAUCCAGCCAAAAAAAGGAAAAAAAAUCGAGAUGAGCUAUAACUCAAGCAAUACACACAAUAUUCUGGUCCAAUGCCCUAAAACUUCUGCCGUGGUGUUUACGACGACAUGGUAUGUCCCCAUCAACAGUCCAGCCUUCACCGUCUGCUCAAAAUGCUGGGAGGAUAAAAUUCGGACUACACAAUUCGCCGGACAGUUCCAAGCGGAAAGGUUUUCAGCAGAUCCAAGAAGAUUCUGUCUCUGGAAUAGUGAGAAAAUGAAUCGCUUGGGAGCGGCUACCCUGAAUGACCGUGCCUGGGAAUUGAUCCGCCAAUAUAUGAUUGACCGAGGAAAAAUUCAGAAUUGUACAGGACCAACUAUUGGUUUAACGGCGUCUACAGCAACUGGUGGGUAUUCCUGGUAUAGUCUUAGAAACAAGGAAAUUUCUGGUUUCGUCUGCUGUGAAGCAUGUUACAGUGAUACAGUCCGCGCAACAGCUUUCGCGGACAAAUUUGUCCUCGAAAACGGUGGUGUCAAUGGUCAAUCGGUCACCUGCGAUAUGGCUAUCAGUUUCAUAAAAAAGAGUCUUUUAGAUAACUCUAUCACACAAAACUGGCCUUUGUUCAUCCAAUCAGCAGCUGCAAGAAUGAGAAUUCCGGCCUGUAAUUCUUUAAAAGGUGCGCCAUGUUCCUCUACGCUUUGGUACAUGCCGAAUCCACCCAUGAAUCGGAUACUUAUUUGUGGUGCUUGUUUUCAUGAUGGGGCUGAUCUAACUCCAAUGGCACCGAGUUUCUCACAAGUUCAGGUACCGGAAAAUAGAAAAGGCGAAAUUUGGGAUUGCGCAAACUCAAACACGGUAUUGGGUAUGGUCGUGGCUUGGAACGAGGCAUGCGAUAAGAAAAACGUUGCUCUUUGGCAUAAUGCGGCAUCAAUAAUUCAAAACUUGCCACCCUGCACAAAAGAUGGCAUUACUAAUGGGGUCUGGUAUACACUCAGUGGCUGCCCUGAUUUCAAAAUCUGUGGUCGCUGUUUUGUGGGAAUCAUACAACCCUUCGGACUCGGUAGGUAUUUCCAACACACUGGUGGUCCUGCAGACGGUUCAGCAUACAUCUGCGACCUCUUCCCCGGGUUUCCAAGGGCACAGAGCUAUUUCUUAAAGAUAGAUGAAGCAGUAGGGGUCAAUGAUUUUUCCAUAUUCCACAACUUCGUCGCGAGGCUGGCCCCUCUUCCUCCAUGUCCAAAAGACGGCCCAUGGACAAAUCGUCUAUGGUAUUGCGGUGAAGAAGCCACUAUUUGCGAAAGCUGCUAUGAAGAAGCAAUUCGAAACACUAGCCUGGCCGGUACUUUAACAUUGCAAAAACGCACAGAGGAAUUUAUCUGUGAUGCGUACUCGCCCCGCAUGCGCCGCCUAUGGGAUGAAGCUUGUGCCAAAAAUAACAUCCAAUCCUUCAACGUUGCGCUUCGUGAACGCAGGCAAGUCUACCAGGCAACUAUGCCUCGGAUGAGGAUGAUUCUGGAAAUGGCUAAAAUGCGAAUGAAUACUCAAGCAACGCUCUUUAUGUCCUCGACUUUGCUACAAGGAGCUGAUAAUAUUGUAUCGGCGUCACAGUCCCAUCGUACGCAUGACUACGGCAAUUCGCAGAUUGGAUAUCAUUGGGCAACAGCUGCAGGCGCACAGGGUGCAAUGCAGUUUCAGCAGGCACUGAACAUGAAUAUUGCUCCCACCGGUGAUAUGGCAGAGAUGUCACAAUUAGGGGCCUGUUGGAGACAAUAUGAAUAGAUGUAGUGGAUUAACUAUUAAAUUGACAGUUGUGAUAAACCUACCUCUAGUACGUCAUCAAGCAAAUCCCCAGCAAUAGAUGUCAUAUGGAA